GUCAAACCGGUCUCGGUAAAUCAACUCUCAUCAACACCAUCUUCGCGGCCCACCUAAUUGACAGUAAAGGUCGCACCUCAUCUGAAGAGCCUUUCAGGCAAACAACUGAAAUUCAGACCGUGUCACAUCUAAUUGAGGAAAAUGGGAUUCGUUUGAGAUUAAAUAUUGUUGACACACCCGGUUACGGUGAUCAGGUCAACAACGAAAACUGCUGGGAACCUAUCAUCAAAUACAUCAAGGAUCAACACAGUGCUUAUUUGCGUAAAGAACUCACUGCCAUGCGUGAGCGUUAUAUUCAAGAUACCAGGAUUCAUUGUUGCUUGUUUUUCAUCUCUCCAACUGGUCACGCUCUUAAACCAAUUGACAUUGCCGUGCUCAAGAAGUUAUCUGAAGUUGUCAACGUUGUUCCUGUUAUUGCAAAAUCGGACUCACUGACAAUGGAAGAACGC